AUGAGCAAGAGGAAGGGUGGAGACGACAAUUGCCAGUUUUCUGUGCAGCUUCAGAAAAGAAGAAAUUCCACUGCAAGACAAGAGGGAGAUGGAGAAAGGGAGCAUGAUGACAUCAGUUGUGUAGGGGAAACAGAUGACAUGGAGGACUCCGCAUUUGACAACAAGCUACUAAUGGCCGAUUCCAAGUCCAGUGAGUCGGCCAUUAUGGCUCAGACUGGACCUCUCCAACCCACCAUUACGGAGACUGGACCUCUCCAAUCCACCAUUACGGCUCAUACGGGUGGAGUUGCAGUCUUACCUCAACUACAUUCUUGCCACAUUGAAGGAUCGGUCAACAUCAACGUCAGCACAUGCUCAGCUCCUGUGCUAAAAUCAGAGAGCAACGGUGUUCAGGAGUCAUCCGCCAGCAGCACUACUACGAACACAGAUAUCAAAACACUAUCUGAAAAACAGAAAUUGAAACUGAAGAAGAAGUUUCAGAGAAUUGUCGAAGGCGUCACAAAGAAAGGAACCUCAACUUUGCUCAAUGAUAUUUACACAAAGCUCUACAUCAUUCAGGGCGAGAGGGAGGGAAUAAACCAGGAACAUGAGGUUUUGGACCUCGACAGUGUGUCCAAAUCACAAACAUCUGAGGACAUUUCAAUCAAACUCAAUGAUAUUUUCAAAUGUUUACCUGAUGAAAAUGAAGAUUUUCGAGUUGUCCUAACUAAAGGAAUUGCUGGUAUUGGGAAAACCGUUUCAGUGCACAAAUUUCUUCUUGACUGGGCAGAAGAGAAAGCCAACCAGGAUGUGGACCUCAUGAUUGUGCUUCCCUUUAGAGAUCUGAACACAAUGAUUGAAGAUGAUGAAGGGUACAGUCUUCAAGAGCUACUGGAGGAGUUCUGUUCUGAACUUAAGGAUGUCAAAGACCCAAAGACCUAUGAAAACUGCAGCAUUUUGUUCAUCUUUGAUGGUCUGGAUGAAAGUCGUCUUCCUCUUGACUUCCAUAAAAACAAGAGGGUGUCUAAGGUCACAAAAAAGUGUUCAGUGGAUGAGCUGAUUACAAAUCUCAUACAAUCUGAUCGUCUUUUGCCAUCUGCACGUAUUUGGAUAACUUCUCGACCGGCAGCCAUCCACAAAGUCAGCAACUGGACACAAACAACACAUCGUUUGACUGAGAUACAAGGAUUCAGUAACCCACAGAAGGAGGAGUAUUUCAGGAAGAAAAUUACUGAUCCGAUUUUGGCCGAUAGGGUUAUAUCCCAUAUCAAAACAUCAAGAAGCCUCUACAUCAUGUGUCACAUUCCAGUCUUCUGUUGGAUUUCAGCAACGGUGUUUUCUAUUCCCAAUAUAUUGGACACUGCUCGUGAAAAGAUCCCUACCUCCCUGACUUCAAUGUACACCCGAUUUCUUCUUCAUCAGAUGCAGAAGAAGGAUGAGAAGUACUAUGGCAAACACAAUAUGGUAUCACUGUCUGAGAAAGACAUGAAGAUAAUCCUCAAAUUGGGUAAGCUGGCCUUUGAAAACUUAGAGAAACAAAAUCUGGUGUUUUCAGAGAGUGACCUGAGCAAGCAUGACAUCGACGUCACUGAUGCCUCGAUACAAUCAGGGGUCUUUACCGAAAUUUUUAAGGAGGAGGAUCCCAUCAUUCGAGAUAAGUGGUACAGUUUUAUCCAUCUCACCAUACAGGAAUAUCUUGCAGCGUUUUAUGUGUCUAUUCGUUUGCAUCUGAAGGAUUUUUCUCAUUUUCAAUAAAAAGAACACGACCAAAUUCCCAAGUCAUGUAUGACUAUGUCACUGAUUGGUGGGUUGAAAAGAGG